GCAAAUUAAGUUCUUGAUUGUAACACCGCCUCAGAUUUUUAACAUAUUUUGUAGUUAUUUUAAAAAAUAGUAAGCAAUGACAUUGAUAUCAAUUAGUCAGUCAUGUCUUAAGUUGUGACCUUCUUGCAUUAGAUCAGAGUAUGAUUCACACUAAAAGUUGUUUUUUGUUAUUGUUUUUUUUAGUAAAAUACGCCUUUUUUCCUCUGAGGCGAGUCUGGACAAUCACCAUGAUACAAGUUAUGGAGGACGGUGUCAAUGAGGUGCUGGCCACUGUUGUGGAGGACGUAAGUCACGCUGUCAGCCAAAACAUCGAUGGUGCUCAGGUUCUGCAUGAACUGCUGAGUGCACCCUGGCUGCGCGCACUGCUACAGGUUUAUGAGUGCCUGUUGGAGUUCGAGAGGUUGACACCCACACCCAUUCUGCCUUAUGCCUCAGGACUCUCUCAUGAGAUCAUGACUGUAAUACAGAAGGUCCACCAUCCCUCCACUGAAGCCAGAGAGCUCUACAACCUCCUCAGCUCACCACACAUCCAGGCCCUCCUAUCCUCCCACGACAGUGUAGCCCAGUCAGACUAUGGACCGGUUUUACCCCCUCUGCCUGAUGAGAUGCCUGAGGACGAGGAGGCCAUGAGGAUCGUUUGUCUGGUGAAGAACAACCAGCCGCUGGGGGCCACGAUACGGAGGGACGAGGAGACGGGAGAGAUUUACAUCGCCAGGGUGAUUCAUGGAGGACUGGCCGACCGCAGCAGACUCCUUCAUCCUGGUGAUAUGUUAGUGGAGGUGAACGGACACCCUGUAGUGGGUCUGGAGCCAGAACAGGUCAUCCAGAUACUGAUCAAUUCCCAGGGAACGAUCCUGUUUAAAGUCAUUCCUGAUACAGCUCAGAGCAGCAGCAGCCAGAAGUCGGUGUAUAUGAAGGCAUUGGUGGACUACUGCCCCCUGCAGGACUCCUCCAUCCCCUGUCCUGACGCAGGGAUGGCGUUCAGCAGAGGAGACCUGCUGGAGGUGGUCGACCAGUCGGACGGACGCUGGUGGCAGGCCAGGAAGCUGCCCUGCUCUGUGUCCUGCGCUGGUCUGAUUCCCUCUGCCAGCAUGCUGAAGAGUAAACAGAGAGAACAGUGGUGGUGUCAGCCAUUACAAGUUCAUACCUGCAUCAGACCCUUGACUCUGGCUGAUAACGAGGACGAUCGAACACAUGUUGAUGACAAACGCACCCUAAUAGAGCUGGGGGACAUACACUUUGAUGAGCCCAACUCUGAUAUCACUGAUGGAAUCUACAUGGCUGGUUUCCGGCAGAGUUUCCGUCUCUGGAGGAGGACUUCCUACAGGAGGAGACGACAGUCCUGCACCUCCUGCUCACCCAACAGCAGCGCCCUGGCCACCCCCUACGAGGAGGUGGCUUUGUACCAGCGCCCCCCGCAGGAGAACCACCGCCUCAUCAUCCUCAUCGGUGCUACAAGAGUUGGAGUGAAUGAACUGAGGAAAAGACUCAUCAAACUGAACCCUUCAACCUUCCAGGGACCCGUACCUCAUACUACUCGUCCAAUCAGAGCAGGGGAGCAGACAGGAAGAGAGUACCACUUUGUCACCAAAGAGCUGUUUGAGUACAUGGUCUGUAACCACAGGUUUGUGGAGUAUGGGGAGUAUAAGGGCCACCUGUAUGGGACCAGCACUGACGCUAUUGAUGAGGUGCUAAAACGAGGACGGAUGUGCAUCAUCGAUAUUGAACCACAUAGCAUCCUGCCACUGAGGACGGGGAAACUGAAGCCCUACGUGAUCUUCAUCAAAGCUCCCAGUCCAGACAGACUGAGACAAACCCGGAGAGGCGCUGGAAUCAUCACCAACUGCUCCGUCAACAGAGCGUUCACAGAGGAGGACUUUGUGGAGCUGGAGGAGGUGUCCCAGCUGAUGGAGGCCAAGUACAAACAGUUUUUUGACAGCAUGCUGGUAAACGACGACCUGCAGGACGCCUGCAUGCAGCUCUGCUCCAUCAUCCGGGAGGCACAGGAAGAGCCACAGUGGAUACCCGUCAGCUGGAGUUGGAUGGAGGAGUAAAGGGGGAGAGGGGAGAUGUGGGAAGAUUUGGUUGGGAAAGAAAAACUAAGAGAGAAGAGAAAGAAAGAUGAGACGUGUUGGGACAAUACUGAGUGAAAUAUGAAGAACUGCGGAGGAGAUGGAAGAUGAACUAGGAGAAAGAGAAAAGACCUGGAUAUGGAGACAAAUGAGGAGAAGAAGGAUGAGAGGAAAAGUUGAGAGAUUGCAUCAAAAGAAUUAUUUUUCCUGUUUGUCUUUGGAAUUUGCACAAAAACUCUUGAAUUGUAUUUAUAAAUUCUCUUUUUAUUCAUUCGUAAUGUUGGCAGGAUAGCAGGCUCAGUAAGUAACUACUGACUAGCUUGAAUAUUACAGAGACUAAAAGAAUAAAGGCCGACUGAUCAGACGCUUUCCGUCGUCUCAUGUUACCUCAUGUCUUCUGUUAAAGGCUUCACUUUAAAAGACCAGUGUGUAAAAAUUGGGAGGAUAUAUUGGCAGAAAUUGAAUAUAAUAUUUAUAGUGUAAAAUCACCUGAAAAUAUUAAUCGUUGAGUUUUCGUUAGCUAAGAAUGAGCCGUUUAUACAUAGGGAGCGGGUCCUCUUCACGGAGUCCGCCAUAUCGAUAACGCUACUCACUGCCGUCGACGCUGCUCUCUCUCUUGCUUCACCACUCACUUCCCAUGUAGACACACACUCUACGCACUGGCUCUGCUCCAAAUGACCUACAAAUGGCUCGAGAGAGGGCCAUUCGCGUUUUGGCGUCAGCCACCAUUUCAUUCUGCAACCUCACCGCUAGAUACCGCCAGAUCCUACACACUGCUCCUUUAAAGUUAAAGUUAAUUUUCAUGCAGUCAAAGCUUGUUUUUGGGAAUAUUUACAGUCAGGUUUUUUUUUUUCAGAAAUAGCCAUUCAAUGUAUUUUUAUUCUGUAAUUACCUCUCUACAGUUGAAUUGGUGUUGUAGGUGAAAGUAGACAAGCCUCCAUCACUGCUGUGGUGUCUCACCUGUAAACCCUCCUGUAACACUGUGAUGUUAAAGGAUUUCAUGCUUUCUGUCCAGGGGAUCCUGUAGAACUGGUUACAUGUUGCAUGAGAGAUUGUGUGAUAAUAAAUGGGUUUAGAAAAGAAAAACAAGGUUCUGAUACACAAAUCUGUUUUCAGUUUUUGGACAUGUCUUUUAUCAUUGCUAUUUUUUUUAAACUUGUUAACAAACAGUUUCUUAUUUCCACCUCCAGCAGUUACAGAGCAACAUGAUCAUUCAUGAGGAGUCCUGUUUGUGUCCACAUGAUGAAUGUAAGUCCAAUAUUCAUCCUCUUUUAGCUCUGUUUUUGGUCUCCACCUACUCCUGAGGGAAAUGUCUGUCUCUUUAGCUGCUAAAUGCUCCACUAUGUUCACCAGCUAAUCUCUAACCACCUGAUUCGACUGUUAUCAGGCCAUUAAAUAGGCGUUAUCGGUCGCUAUAAGCACCAUAGAUGUGGAUCAUUAGGGGCCUACUACACCUACUACACUGUAAAAGCGAAAGUGAAACUUCAUUUUAGCAACACACUUGGUUAAGUGAAAUAACUGUGAACACAAAGACAACUACAAGUUGUUGGUUUAACACGGGAUGCGAGUUUCGGUCUCCUGGGUAAAAACGUGUGAUUUACCAUGUGA